GUUUCUCAUGUCUGACCAUACCACCACUGAAGAAGCCCUCCUGCGCCGCAAAGCAGCAGCUACUCAAGUCGCAAUCGCACAGGGCUUGCUGGGCGAGUCCGACCCCGUUGCGCUGAUGCUCGAUCUGGACCACGUCCGUGGCGCGAUCGACAGCGUGCGAGCCGCGUUCGACGCCGACUCGACCACCGACUUUUGCCACUGCCUGGCGAUCAAGUCCAACCCGACACUCAGAGUGCUGCAGUACGUCGUCCAGCAAGGGAUGGGUCUCGAAGCCGCCUCGCUCGGCGAGCUCGUCCAGGCAAUUCGCGCUGGCGCUCCCGCCGAGAAUAUCGUGUUUGACAGCCCUGUCAAGACAACCGAGGAAAUUCGCUUUGCGCUCAAGCAGGGUGUCACCAUCAACCUUGACAAUAUGCCAGAGCUUGAUCGCGUUGCAGCCAUUGCAGCUGCAUCGGGCGAUGCGGCCUCGCGCUAUCGCGUUGGCCUGCGCAUCAAUCCUCAGGGUGCGUCGGGAUCCUUGGAAGCAUUCUCAACUGGAACAAUGACCUCAAAGUUUGGCAUUGGUCUUGUCGACGCUCGGCAAGAAAUUAUCGCUGCAUACAAGCGUUAUUCUUGGCUCAACGCCAUCCACAUUCACGUGGGCUCGCAAGGUAUUCCCAUGGACUUGAUGGCUAGCGGAGUUCGUCGCAUGCUCGACCUCGUCAAGGACAUUCACGCUGCAGUGGGCAAACAGCAGAUUACGUUGAUUGAUAUUGGUGGCGGCAUGUCCGUCAACUUUUCUUCAGAGGAAAUCACCCCGACGUUCGCAGAACUGUCCGAAACGUUGCAACAGGCCGCCCCUGAGCUCUUCUCGGGAGAGUACCGCGUCUUUACCGAAUUUGGCCGCAGCAUUGUCGCCAAGGCCGGAUUUUACGCCUCUCGUCUGGAAUAUGUCAAAACCACCGGUGGUCGUCAAAUUGCCUUGCAGCACAUUGGUGCUGAUAUGGCAAUCCGAACAAUCUACCACCCGGACAAGUGGCCCUUGCGAGUGACUUUGCUCACCUCCGAAGGCGCGCUGCGACCAGUUGAAAGCUCGGAAGCGCUCGUUGAGACGGACAUUGCUGGACCAUGCUGCUUUGCAGGCGACAUCAUCGCCCACAGACGUCCAUUCCCGCAGUUGCAUUCUGGCGAGUACAUUCUCGUCCAUGAUGUCGGCGGAUACUACCAUUCGUCCUACUCAAAGUACAACUUGCGCCAAGCACCCGCCGUCUACGGUUUCACGGCCGCCACUCCACCCGUUACGCUGGAAGUGGAGCAUCGCAGCACUACCUACGAAGAGUUUCAAUUCACUCUGCUUCAAGCGCGGGAAACAGUCGAAGACACGCUGCGCAUGUUCACUCCAAGCGAUUGAUUGCGUUCUUGCGCCUGAUGCGGCGUGGCGGGUGUGAUCUACUGUAACUUUUGGG